AUGGAUAGAGAUUUUGAUUCGGAAUCGAAUUUUGAAGAAAGACUUAUUGAAGAUGAGGAACGUAAUGAUUAGAGAUAUUAUACAACAUAAUUGCUACUUUCAAUUUAAGGAUUGGGUACUUUUACUAAAGUUGAUAAUAUGAAUGUAUAUGCCAAAGGAGAGAAAGCUGAAGGAGCAUUAAAACACCUAUGUCAACAAUGUAAAAAAGAUAUACCUGAUAAACCUAUCGCAAGAAUUUAUUUAGCUAAAUACAGAGCAUUUUAACUCAACUUGAUCAAUCUAUUAACAUGUUAUCCUCAAGAUAAGGUACUUUCUUAUUAUGUUGUUAUUUUAAUGGAAUAAUUAACAAAUGUAGAUAGAUCAGGUAUUAAAUUAUAAACUCCAAAUGCUCCUCAAAUGUUAGACACUCUUUAAGAAUAUAAAUUAUAUUUUUUAAAACCAAUUGUAUUAUAAACUUUGGUUAAUCAUUUUGCUGAAUGUAUUUAAAUAGAUUAAGAAUGUAGAACAAAAGUACAUAAUGAUAUGAUAGAAUUAAUUGUUUUAUUAUUUAAGAAUCUCCUUUCUAUUCCUGAUAUUGAAGAAACUAAAAUUGGACUUGAAAGUGGUAAGGAAGUUAAAAGAAAUUUACAAAGAAAUUUUAUUUAUUGUAUGAUCAAGGAAUCUGUUCUAUCUGCAUUUAUUUACAUAUCUUAGGAUUUUAAGUCAUCUUUUAUGUAAAGGAUAGCAAUUCCUCUAAUGGAGAUAUUUUAUUAUGCCUUAACACCAUUUGAUCCUGAAUGGUUAUUAAGAGAAUCAGAAUAAGAAAAAGAACUUAUUUUAAAAUAAGCUUAAUAAUAUAGAUUAUAGAAAUAAUAACAUUUAAGUACUAUUCCUAACAGACAUUCAAGAUUUCCUGGAUUAUUUGUUACUAAAAGAGUUCUCUCUUAAUCUGGAUAGAUAAGUAGUUAACCAUUUCAUUAACAUUAAGUAAAUAAAUUAGCAAAUUAACGAUAAAAACCUGAAGUUAGAGCACUUAUAUCAAAAUAAAAAACUAUUUUUGUAAAGCCUCUAACUAUUGAUCUUUAUGAUGCAGAAAAAGAGAAAAGUUUUAAAGAAGAAUUAAGAUAUUCAACUAUAGAUUUCUUAAUUCAUUGUUUUAGUAAAUUAAUUGAUCAAGCUUUUAUUGAAAUGAAUAAAGAGAUUGUAGAUUCUGAUGAUAAAGUUCAUUAUUUUGUUUUGAUUUCACAUUUCUUAAAAUUUAUUAGAUUUCAUUGUAAAUAAAAUAAAGAAGAUAAUCAAGGAUAAUUAUCAUCAGAAUUUGUUUCUGUUUAAGCAGCACUUUAAAUUACUUAAUUUAAUUUUAUAUAUAGUAAUUUAAUUAAUGAAAGUACUUAACUUAGAAAGAAGAAUUUCAAUUAUAGAAUUUUCUUUGCUGUUAUUAAUGUUCUUUUUGAAUUUCUUAUGAUUGUUAGAGAAUUAUCACUUUCAGUUGAAUAAACAGAUAGAAGAAAUAGUUAAAUAUUGUUAUAAACUAUUGUUACUUAAGAUAUAGCUAAGGCUAUAUAAAUUGGAUAUGGAUAUUGUCAAUUUGGAUUAUUUAAUGAUUAAAUGUUAUCUACUUUAGUUAAAUUGACAGCAUUAUAUUAUGAUCUAUUAGAAUUACAUACAUAAGGAAAAGCAUGGUCAAUAAGAACAAAUAAAUUAUUAAAAAAGAAAAUAAAAAAAUAAUAAAAUAAAGCAAAUAAAGGAAGAAAAAGAAAAUAAGAUUAACCUAAUGAAGAAGAUAAUGAUUUUAUUGAAAAAGGUCCAGAUGAAGAAAAUGCAAUGAGAGAAGAAGAAGAUGAUGAAAAUGAAGAAGAAGAUGAUGAAAAUGAAACUGAAGAUGAUUAACCUAUUUAUAAAGAAAGAAGAUGUAAUUUUGUUUCAGAAUUUGCAAUCGUAGUCGAUUAUAAAGUAUUGGAAAAAUAUUUCUAUUUAAUUAAAGAAGAGUAUAUUAAUAAUUAUUAUUAUUAUUAGCAAAUUAUUAAGAAAUUCAUCAGAACUUAAUAUUGCAAUUUAUAAAUAUUUUAAAAGAAUUGUUGAUACUCUAAAAGCAGAUUGGAUCUUUUUUUAAUUAGAUUUUCUAUAUGUAAUCAAUUCAAUCAUAUAAAAUAAAUAAUUAACAGUAAUUAUAUUUCAUAUUUAUUAGUAUAAAAGUGAAUUCUUAAACUUAAUCUAAUUAUUUAGAAGAAUAGGAUUAAGCUUUGUUUAACUAUUCAAAGUUAAUAGAUUAAUGAGUGUAGAAAUUCUUUUUAGAUUUCCUAAUGCUGCAACUAAAGAUUCUAUACUUAAAAAUUAUUAAGAUUCAGUUGCAGAAGGAGAUAAUAAUUAAGAUAAUUAUUAAUAUGAAGGGCCUAAAAAGAAAGUUAUAUGGACUUAAAAGGAGGAUAAAAUUUUAAUUGAAAAUUAUGAAAAAUAUAAGGAUUGUGAAUCACCUGAAGAAUAAUUGAGUUUAUUACUCAGUUAAAAUGGUUUCACUAUUAAAUCUCCUGCAGAAAUUAGAAAGAGAAUUAGAAAAUUUAGAUUGGAAGAAGGAAAUGAAAGAGCAAUUGCAUUAUAUCAAUAAUAAUACGAAAUGAUUUCUAUGAAGAAGGUUGAAAUAAUGGCUAAAAGUGUUAAGAGUCUAUUAUAAGAAGUAGGAGAAGAAAGUUUAAAUUUGUUUUUCAAUAACUUGUUUUCAACUCUAUAAAAUUAUAUUGAUUUUAGAGGAUAAGAGUAAUAAAUAUAUUAUAUAUAUUAAGAUCUAUUGAAAUGCCAAUUCCACCUUUAGAUAAAUUAUAAUUUGAGUAUUUUGAAAAAGGAUCUGUUUAGGCUAUAUUUUUAGGUUUGGAUCUGAAACCUCCAUCAUAAGGAGAAAUCUAUUGGAGAUUAUAAACACACACUUUUCAUGCAGAAAUUAAUGAAAUGAGAAGCACUCUUAAUAAGUAUCUUGAAAAGGCUAAAAAAAUUGAUGAUGAUUAAAUUAUAGAAGAAUUUCAACCCUUGUAAAUUAAUUCAUAGAAGAAAUAAUCAGAUUCAAAAAAAAAGGUAGUUGAAAAUAUACCUACUUAUGCUGAAGAUGAAUUUGAUGAUGAAAAAGAGAAAUAAGUAUCAGAUAAGAAGGUAGUAGAAAAGAAAAUGAAAUUAAAUAAAAAAUAAAAAGAAUUAGAUUCAGAGGAAGAAAGAGAAAUAUAUGAAAAAUAUAUGGAAUAGUAGGCUCAAAAUGAAUAAAUACAAAAAGAUGUAGAAAAUAAAAGUAAAGAUAAUUACGAUGAUAUUUUUGAUUGA